CAGGAAAAGGUUGUUAGCAGGGACUCUACUGUGACCUCCUACAGCUAGCUCAUUAGCUGGGCAGCUCUGUUGAACAAAUAUCUAACAGUUACAGCGGAGGUGGGGGCAGCAAACGACAGGGAGGAUUAGCCAGAAAAGCUGUAGCUUGCUACCCUUUGUUGCUAGGCAACAGAACUCACCACUGGAUGUCUGAGAGAUAUCUAUUAGGCACCAUGUUGGUCCCAAUAUUCACUCUGAAGCUGAACCACAAGAUUAACCCUCGAAUGGUGACUAUUGGGAAAUUUGACGGAGUCCACCCAUGUCUUACUGCAGCCACUCAGGCUGGAAAGGUUUUUAUCCACAACCCUCAUGCUCGUGGUCAGAGACCUGUGGCCCACAGAUUGAGCCAGAGCACCCAGGAUUCUGACAUCUCCCUGCUCAACAUCAACCAGGCAGUCACUUGUCUGACAGCAGGAAAGUUGGGAUCAGACACCACUGGAGACACAUUGUUAGUAGGGUCCCAAACCAACCUGCUGGCCUAUGAUGUCCAUGACAAUACUGAUAUAUUCUACAGAGAGGUGACGGAUGGGGCCAAUGCUAUAGUGUUGGGGAAACUUGGGGACAUUGCUUCUCCUCUUGCCAUCAUUGGAGGGAAUUGUGCCUUGCAAGGCUUUGACUAUGAGGGCAACGACCACUUUUGGACAGUAACUGGAGAUAAUGUCAGAUCUCUAGUGCUCUGUGACUUCACUGGGGAUGGGAAAAAUGAGCUCCUGGUAGGAUCUGAGGACUUUGACAUCAGGGUGUUCAAAGAGGAUGAGCUUGUGUCUGAGAUGACUGAAAAUGAGACAGUAACAUCACUGUGCCAUAUGCAUGGCAGCAGGUUUGGCUAUGCCCUGGCUAAUGGUACUGUUGGAGUCUAUGACCGCACCGCUCGCUACUGGAGGAUCAAGUCUAAGAAUCAUGCAAUGAGUAUCCAUGCCUUUGACCUGAAUGCUGAUGGGGUUGUAGAGCUAAUCACUGGAUGGUCCAAUGGAAAGAUUGAUGCUCGUAGCGACCGCACAGGCGAGGUCAUUUUCAAAGAUAACCUCUCCUCCUCUGUGGCAGGAGUGGUGGAGGGAGACUACAGGUUGGAUGGACAGAAACAACUCAUCUGCACCUCCAUAGAAGGAGAGGUUCGUGGUUACUUGCCAGCCAGCAAGGAUCUAAAAGGGAAUCUCAUGGACUCCAGUGCUGAGCAGGACCUUAUUAGAGAGCUCAGCCAACGCAGACAGAAUCUGCUGCUUGAGCUACGAAACUAUGAAGAGAAUGCCAAGGGUGUGUCAGAGACAAACAGUGGGAUGGGUGUAAUACCAGCCAACACUCAGCUUCAGACUGCACUGUCAGUGAGACCUGCUACAGAGGCCCAGAAGGCUCAUGUAGAGCUCAGCAUUUCAACACCGAAUGAAACAAUUAUCCGCGCAGUGCUCAUCUUCGCAGAGGGAAUAUUUGAGGGUGAGAGCCAUGUUGUCCACCCCAGUGCCCAGAACCUGUCAGGCUGUGUCCGAGUACCCAUUGUCCCGCCAAAAGAUAUACCAGUGGAUCUACACAUUAAGGCCUUUGUUGGAGGGAAAACUAGCACACAGUUCCAUGUGUUUGAAAUCACUCGUCAGCUUCCUCGUUUCUCCAUGUAUGACAUCAAUUUUGACUCCUCAGCUGCUCCGCCAACUGGAAGGGUCACCUUCAACAUCAAUGACCGACCACAGCGGGUGGUGAUGUGGCUGAAUCAGAACUUCCUGCUUCCAGAGGGAGUAGAGAGUCCUGAUGUUACCUUUAAUUCACUACGAGGAGGGGGACUAUUGUCCAUCAGUAUGGCCAGCAAUGGACAGAUCACUCUGAGAACUGAUGACAUUGACCUGGCAGGAGAUCUGGUCCAAUCACUUGCCUCCUUCCUGGCAAUAGAAGACCUGUCAGCAGAAGCAGACUUCCCUGGAUACUUUGAGGAACUACGCACUACACUCACUGAAGUGGAUGAGUUCCACUCCGUCCAUCAGAAGUUAACUGCAGCUAUGGCUGACCAUUCCAACUACAUCAGGAACAUGCUGGUGCAAGCAGAGGAUGCUCGCCUUAUGGGAGACAUGACAACUAUGAAGAAGCGUUACAGGGAGCUGUAUGAUCUAAACAGAGAUCUUAUCAAUGAGUAUAAGAUUCGCUCUAACAACCACAAUGCACUACUAGCAUGCCUGAAGUCUGUCAACCAGGCCAUACAGCGGGCUGGUAGACUCCGAGUGGGUAAGCCCAAGAACCAAGUGAUCUCUGCCUGCCGAGAUGCCAUCAAAAGCAAUAAUGUCAACUCACUCUUCAGGAUCAUGAAAGCUGGCACUGCAUCCUCCUGAGGGUGGAAGGAGGGAGGUAUGCACGAAUGGUCCAAUAGAUCAAAAUAGAGAGGGAUGCGCAUAAGCAUAACUGAUGAGUACCGUAAUCUGUUUCAAGCGUGGCACUAGCAAGGACGAGCCUGGGACAAGAAAUAUGUGUGGACAUAUUAGGACUCUGAAGUGGGGACACUGUUGUAGCCUUAAUCCAUCUUUUUCCGUGACUUAGUUUUCAGCAACAGCAACACUGGCACCAGUUCCUUAAAACUUAAAAUUCUGCUAGCUCAGAAAUAAAAAUGCUGACCACAGGCCUAGUGCAAUGGUAAAAUUGUCAUUCAUCUCAGUCAGGCUCUGUGGCUGUUUGGAGGAGCUGAUUUUGUGCAGUCCUAGCUAGAUAAGAGUCAGAGUUAGUGUAGGAGUCAGCAGGUAGGAGUGACACAGCUGUUUAGAGAGUUCAGCAGGACCAAAACAGGAAGUGGAAACUUUGACCAAACCAUCAUUCAUAAGCAAUGGGACAGAUUGUCUGAGUACAGUGGUGCUUUAGAAGAAUUCAUUGUAAUUCAUUAAUCCAAAAGGUUCAGCAUAUUGCUGUUGUCAAAAAUAACUGCAAAACAAAGAUUUUUAUAUCAGUUAUAUACUUGCAUACUGUAUACUGUCUGACAGAAACAGGAAUUAAGAACAAAGAAUAAGUUAAGCGUGAUGUCUGUUAAAUGCACUACAGGUGGUCCAGGUGAUGCAUAAUUGUCUAAGAAAUGUUUAAACCUUAAAUAAGUCAUCCAAACAGUCUGUUUCCACAAAGAAGGGUUAGGGCUAUGUGCUGGAUCUGCACCCAGACUGUUUAAUUCAGCUGACAGUGAUGUUUAGAGAGAACACAGCUGGAGCAGGACAGAGAGCAGCUCCCUCUCAGAUGGAGCAUCGGGGUAUUGACAUCACUAGUGGUCCUGACAGUUCUGUGAGACGGCUCACUCAGAUUCAGCUCUCUUCUCCCAGCUGUUGUGUAUUUGUGUGGUGUUUGUAGCCAAAGACAACUAUUUUAAAUUAAUGAAUGUCAGCGAAGACCAGUGCUGUGUGUUUAACUUGUUUACCUUUUAUAGAUUGUACACAGAGAUUCUAAAUGUAAUGUUAUGUUUGUGGCUCAAACUGUUAUUAAAUUAACUUAUGUUUUAAGAGA